AGAUACAUAGCCGAGGCCACAGAGGGGAUGAUCAAUCCUCUUCUUGCUAGAGACGGCGUCAAAUCUGCCUCUGGCUCUGCCGUCAAGUCCAUAAGCAUCUCCCGGGCUGUGCUGUGGACCUUCCCCUGCUCCACCGAGAGCAAUCAUGGGCGAUGGGGUGGUGUAUCCUUCUGUCUUCGUGGUGGACGGCCAGCAGCACGGGGUCCCCUUUGUCCCACCCAUGAGGAAGAAGCGACGGAUGUGCUGGCACAGCCAGUUCUUCCUGGCCUGUCUGGUCAUCUUAGCCCUGGCCGGCGUGGCCACCGAAGGCUAUUUCCUGAUCCGCUUCCAGAAAGAGCUGGAGAAGGCGACGUCCCAGGUUGGGGAGGAAGCAGGGCCCAUCUCCGAGAAGUCCAUUCAAGACCGGAAACUUCAUGCUGAGAAGCCAGCAGCUCAUGUCUUGGGUGCAGCCUUCACCACCUCUGGGAAUGGUUCUCUGCAGUGGGAACACAGUAAGGACUGGGCUUUCCUGCAUGACAUGGGUUACCAGGGCGGCUCCCUGGUCUGCAUCAAGCCCGGCUACUAUUACAUCUACUCCAAGAUCCAUCUUAUGGCGCAGAGUUGCUCUCAGCAGGGCCAGAGUUCUGUCAUCUAUCAUGGCAUCUAUAAGAAGACCCCCAGGUAUGUCGAGGAGAUGAAACUUGUGGAGAACCUGAUCCUUUACUGCGAUGGGAAGGACAGCGGGUUCUGGCGGCAAAACAGCUUCCUGGGAGGAAUCUUCCACCUGGAGGAGGAGGAGCAGAUUUACGUCAAGGUGUCACAGAGACAGAUGCUACAGAUCAGAGAUGGCACUCGGUCUUAUUUUGGCACCUUCAUGAUCUGAGCAGGCCCUUCCCCUAGCCGCAACUGCUGGGUUUUGGGUUGAGGCCUUGUGCUUUUUAAUCUGCCUCUGAUAUGGUUUUCCUGCGUGGACCAUCCCUCUGACCCAGCAUCCCCCAAAAUACUGUUGCACCUUCCUGGUCUAAUAUGCUCCCCAGACUGGAUCCAGCUCAUGAGGUUAACUUCAGAGGCUGGUCACAGAGCUCAGAAGAAGGAAGGGUGGGCUUCCAGUUGAGGCCUUGUAUUAGGAAUCAGGACUCCUGGGUUCUAUUCUCUCUCUGGGAAAGGGACCUGGCUCUAGCAGUUUGCUCAGGGGAAACUGGGAGUCAGGACUCUUGUGUUCUGUCUCCAGCUGUGCCAUCUACCUGCUGUACAACCAUGAGCAAGUCACCUUGCCUCUCUGUACCUCCAUUUCCCUAGCUGCAAAACAGAGAUGAUGGUUCUCCCUUACCCUUGUAUAGGCCAUAAUGCUGUCGUCUGCAUAGCCAGCCAGUGUCCCUCCGUUAGGUCCAGCAGGUUUUCAAAUAGCUUUGAAAGUGGAAAGACAAAGAAACUGGCUACCCCAAGGGACUAUGGGACAUUUUGCCUCCAGGUCGCCAAGGCAGGCCGACCCUCAGCCACUGUACAUCAAUCAUUCCAUGCUUGUUUAUGCCAGCUGACCGAGUGAUGGUGGGAGGGAAGUGUAUUUAAUUGGGUUGCAGUUCUGCUAGCAACUGGUGGUGCUUGACGGUGUCAAAUCCUGCAGUUCCCUUUGCUCAUGGGGAAGACCUUGAUCCUGAUUCAGGCACCUCCCUUUGAGGGUCUGGCCUGAGGAGCCUGCCCGAGGAAGAGCGGCAGAGAGCCAUCUAGUCAGCUGGUGCAAAUCAGCGUGGCUGCGAUGGAGCAAUGCCAGCUUAUCCCUGCUGAGGAUUGGGCCCUCGCUAUUUAACAGGCCAGGUUCUCCUCUCACUCGCUGCGGUGUAAAUCCGGAGGAAGUUCACAGAAGCGGCACUGACAUAAGACUUACCUGAGGGGAGGAUCCUGCAUAACGGGCCCAGAUCUCCAGCUGGGAGACGUUCAUGUCGAUCCAUUGGAGUCCUUGGGUCCAAGCUGAUUUCCAGCUCCUGGGGAUGUGGCCGGCUCCUGCCAUUCCCUGCGCUGCUUUAUGUGCCGUGAAUGUAUAUAAGUGUGUGCACCUAUUUAUUUUCCAGUGAGUAUUCCCUGAUAUUCAGGGAGCAGCUGUAUCUAAUGGUUAUUUAUCCAUUACCCCAGGGCCACUGGGCAUGUUUGGGGUGGGGGUGGGGGGCAGAAUUUGAUUUUUAUUUUGUUGAUAAUUUGAUGAAUGAUAUUG